AUGCCUGGUCUCCCUCAAUGGCUUCACGUGGCUAUUCAAAGGGGAGGAGGUAGUGCUGACUUUUGGCAAAAUGGGUGAAAAGGUCCAUGCCAGCAACACGAUCACUCAAAGUCCAGAUGAGGGAUCAGUAAAUACUACGUGCCUGAAAGGCAGGCCUUGAGCACAUUCCUCUCUGGUAGACAUUAACUUAUUAAAUUGACCCUGACUGCAAAUAUAAACUUUGCCCCCAUCUCACUUGGCAACCAUAGAAGAGGCAGAUCUAUCUAUAAAAGGAAGUGGGAACUGUCCCCAGCCUUCAGGAUCCAAUAUCCCAUCUACUGAGAUGUGGCACCUCAAACUCUUUGCAGUACUCCUGGUCUGCCUGUUUCUGUUAGGCCAGGUACAUGACUCCCCAGUACCAGAACUGAGUUCAGCAAAGAGAAGGCUGAGGAGAAUGACCCCAUUUUGGAGAGGGGUUUCCCUCAGGCCCAUUGGAGCCUCCUGUCGGGAUGAUUCUGAAUGUAUCACAAGGCUAUGCAGAAAAAGACGCUGUUCCCUAAGUGUGGCCCAGGAAUGAUGUAUACACCAGGGGAAAAGAGGACAGCACUUACCUACAACAAUGCUCCGUUCUAUGGAAUAUUGAUUAACUGCAUUUGGUUGGAGGCACUUAAGUGAAGCAAUGUUGUGUUUUUAAAUGUUUAAAGACAGGUGUAUGCUUUAAAUUGGUCUCCGUUUCUUCUUGGAAUGUUGAUAUGCAGAUAAGCAUAACUAAACUUGUCAACUUAAGAGUUUAUUUUUCUAUGUAUACUAUUAAAUGUCUCAAACUGA